AUAAAUUACAAGAAACACAUGCAUAGGAAUGAUGCUUCUUCAGAGCACUGUGCAGUCUGACCUGUUCUUACCACAUUCAGUCAUACAUUUUUGUGGCCUUUGGACUAUAGAGGAAACAUAUGAAAGCCAUAUGAAAGUAACGUGAAAGUAUAAUACAAAUUUGUUUAUUCACUGGCCAACUUUUGCAGUUUUGUUUUGAACUGAUUGCCUGUAACUCUUCAGUUUCACCAUUUCACUUGUAAAAAAACAAACAAAAAACUUUCCAAUUCCCUGAAACCAGUGCGCUUCCUUUCAAACCAGUUUCUUUUUUUUCUUUUUUUUCCUGAACAUGUCUACAGUAAACAGAACGCGGAAACUAUUUCGGCUAUUAAGCUGAAAGAACCUGCAGUGUUAGUUAUUGUUGAGCUGUUGUUUGAGUUGUUUGGUCUGUUAUCAUAAAAUGGCAGAACGCAGUAUUUCAGUGGAACAGGACCAGUUCUCCUGUUCAGUGUGUCUAGAUCUACUGAAGAAUCCAGUGACCAUUCCCUGUGGACACAGUUACUGUAUGAGUUGCAUUACACGCUGCUGGAAUCAGGAGGAUCAGAAGGGAAUUUACAGCUGCCCUCAGUGCAGACAGACCUUCAGUCCAAGACCUGCCAUAUGUAAGAACGUGGUGUUUGCUGAAAUGGUGGAGAAACUGAAGAAGACUAAACUAGAAACUGCUGUUCCUGCUGGUGCCUCCUUUGACCGUCAUGAAGAAUUUCGUUCAAGUAAACCAAACAAAGUGAUCAAUGCCACUGGACGAGUGCAGCAGAUGAUCUGUCCUCAACAUCAUAAACAACUGGAAAUCUACUGCCGGACUGACCAGAACUAUAUUUGUUACUUGUGUGCGGUGCAUAAACACAAACACCACAACACUGUAACAGCUAUAGAUGAGAGGACAGAGAAACAGAAACAUCUGGAACAAACACAAAGAGACUUCCAUCAGAGAAUCCAGCUGAGAGAGAAAAAUCUUCAGGAGCUGAGAGAGGUUGUGAAGACUCAUAAGCGCUCUGCACAGGAAGCAGUGCGAGACACUGAGAGGAACUUUACUGAACUGAUGCGCUCCAUUGAGAGAAGCCGAUCUGAAAUCACACGGCUGAUCAGAGAUCAGGAAAAUGCUGCAGUGAGUCGAGCUGAAAUAAUCAUGAAGCAACUGGAGCAGGAGAUUGAUGAUCUGAAGAGGAGAGACACUGAACUGGAGCAGCUUUUACAAACAGAUGAUCACAUCCAUUUUCUUCUGAGUGUUGAGUCUUGCUCCGUUCCUCCACAAACUACUGAUGUUCCCAGAAUCACAGCCAAUUCUCACCUCUUAUAUGAAGAUGUGGGAAAAUCUGUCCUUCUGCUAAAAAAGAAUCUUGAGAGUUUCUGCAAAGACGUGAUUGUCCAGAUAUCUUGCACAGUGCCAGACAUUGAGAUCAUUUGCACUUCUGUGGAGAGAAUACAGCCACCACAGCAACAGUCCUGGGGCACAAUACCAGGGUCAUCAACUCAUCGUCCCCAAAAUGCAUGGUCACGAAGCAGAUCCUUGUCGGAUACAAAGUACUGGCAUUUCGCAGAAUAAAAGUCACAACCCAGACCCUCCACAUUGCCAGGAUCAUGUGUCAGAUCCUCCACAGCACCAAAGUAAUGCCCCAGACCAUCGCUGAGUUCUGCUCACCAAGGCGGAGAACAUUUAUUAUGCAGCUCAACUGCUGUGUUAAUAGAAUGGCUGCACAAAAUUAGUUUAUAGCUGCAGCAUAUGAUUCUUUUUUUUUUUUUUUUUACAUUUUAAAUUAACACAAAGACAAUUCAGAAAAAUAUUCCUAUUACCAGUAGAUUCCUAUUUUUCUUUGGAAAUCUGCAAUCUAUCUAUCUAUCUAUCUAUCUAGAUAGAUAGAUAGAUAGAUAGAUAGAUAGAUAGAUAGAUAGAUAGAUUUAUUGAUAAAUUUAUUAGGAUAUUAUCAUCUUUGUAUAGCUUUAUAGCAUAUAUGUUACAGGAAAUAUAUAUACCAUUUCUUCAGGUGUUUAUCUUAGGAAACCCGUUGCCUUAAAAUUAUUAAGUAAAUAAUAAUUUACAAAAAAUAAGUUAAGUGAAUUUGACAAUUCACUUAACUUAUUUUUUAAAUUAUUAUUUACUUAAUAAUUUUAAGGCAAUGGGUUUCCUCAUUAAGUUAAGUCAACAUCACUUUUUACAGUGGUAUCCAAUUAUGUAUCUAGAAAUAUGGUAGUGGAUUUUUAAAAUUAUUUUAAUUAUUUUUAGUAUAUGGUUUUUUUCUUUCUUUUGUUAAUCCAGUUGUUUUUCUAUUUUGAUGAGUUAUUUGUAACUGAAGUGCAAAGUUGGUUAAUGUGGUUAAUAAAGAUUUC